AAGUAACAUUUACCUGGCGUAUAUAAAAGGGGACAAUGUGUUUCUGUAAUUGAAAUAGAUAUAAUAUAACUAAGAGUCUGUUUGGUUUUUGAACCACCAAACUUGAUUCAGCUUUCCAAAAGCUUGUCUGUGCGAGAAGUCUCAUUCCAUCAGAGUGGAGAUUCUGCUGCUUUGUUUAAGCCAAUUCUGACACUAACAUGCAUGAAGCAAAGUGGCGCGAUUCUGGUUUCAAGCAAUUCAAGUCCAUGGACCCAACCGUUUCAAUUUCAAGUCACAAGCGCUCCAACAGUGACCCAAUGAAAAGGAGAGUUAUGAGAGAUGGAUUAGAGAACAUUAGUGAAGCUUCAUAUCGGCCUGAAGUGGAACUGGGGGAACUAAAGCAAAGCAUUGAAUCCAAGAAGAGGCAAUACAAUAAUAUGGAUCUACAAAGUUCUUUGACUCAAGAGAUUCUACAGCUUCAAAAACGAUUGCAACAACAAUUUGUGAUACGGCGUGCAUUAGAGAAAGCGUGCUAUGUUCCUUUUUCACAGGAUGCUACAAUAGAAACUUCAAUACCCAAGGCUGCAAAAGAACUGAUUAAGGAAAUUGGAAUAUUAGAAUUAGAAGUCGUGUAUUUAGAACAAUACCUACUCUCUUUGUAUCGGAAAAGAUUUGAUCAGCAAAUUUCAUCUCUAUCAACCAAGGAAAGAAGAUUGGAAUUAGCUUCAGACACUAAUCAAGGAACAUCUGCAGUGCCUGACAAUGAUGCUAUCUCUGACAAAGAAAUUUCAGUUGUGCACUGUAGUAAUGUCAUUUCACCCAGAAAUUCAGCUGGCUUUCAGCUUAAGGAAUGCAGUAACCAGUUGGAAUCAGAAACUGUUUUAGACUCUAGUAUUCAUCGAUGUCACUCUGCAAUAUCUCAACGAGCAGUGUGCUCGAUUGAAGCUUCUCCUGGGAACAUUGAGACCAAAGCUGUUGUUGACUCUUACCAUUCUCUACCAUUAUCCAUGUUAGAGCAAGCUCAGUGUGCUAAAUCCAGUUCAACCAGCCUGGCAGAGCAUCUUGGGAGUAGCUAUGUUGAUAAUGUUCCAGAAACACCAAAUUGGCUAUCUGAGGAGAUGAUUAAGUGCAUAUCAGCUAUAUAUUGUGAACUUGCAGAGCCACCUUCUCUUGGUCAUAAACGUGCUUCAUCCCCUAUGUCAUUCUCAUCGUCCGGUAAUGAGUUAUCUUCACAGAGCCAGGGUAGUAAGUGGAAAUCACAAUGGAAGAAGAAUUCAUCCUUCAGUUUGAACUCCACUAACCCUUUCCAUGUCAGAGGGUCCAAAGAAUUUAGUGGACCUUAUUGCUCAAUGAUAAGGAUACAGCAAUUAUGCACAGAUAAUCAGAAAUUAAAAGAAAUUGAGUACAUGCUACGAAGAUUUAGGUCACUUGUUUCUCGGCUGGAAGAUGUUAAUCCUAGAAAUAUGAAGCAUGAAGAAAAGCUUGCCUUUUGGAUUAAUGUGCACAAUUCUUUAGCAAUGCAUGCCUUAUUAGUUUAUGGAAUUUCAGCCAACAAUGUUAAAAGAAUGUCUUCGGUACUGAAGGCUGCAUAUAACAUUGGGGGACAUACUAUAAGCGUAGACCUGAUACAGAACUUCAUUCUGGGAUGCAGAUUGCCUCGCCCAGGACAAUGGUUGCGGUUGUGGUUUCCUUCAAUGGCAAAACCAAAGGUUAGAGAUGCAAGAAAAGGAUACGCCAUACAUCGUCCAGAACCUUUAUUACUAUUUGCUCUUUGCUCAGGAAGCCAUUCUGAUCCUGCGGUACGUAUGUACACAUCCAAGAGGGUUUUUGAGGAGCUAGAAUAUGCCAAAGAAGAAUACAUUCAGUGCACCUUUUCUAUAAAUAAGGAACAGAAAAUAGUUCUCCCAAAGAUAGUUGAUUCCUUUGCAAAAAAUUCAGGUCUAGGAGCAUCUGAUAUGAUGGAGAUGGUUAAGCCUUAUCUACCCAAUAAUUCUCAAAGGAAGAGCAUUAACGAUUCUCAAUCAAAGACAAGCUGGAAAAGCAUUGAAUUAACCCCUCAUAACUUCACCUUCCAUUACUUGAUUUCAAAGGAAUUAGAUUGGUAAUGGCAUGCCUUGGUAGGAUUCAUGCAUCUGUGGGUAAAAUAAUUGUCUGUCUAUCCAUAUCUAUCCAAGAAUUACGCUUGAUGGUAAGCACAGGUGUAUUGUGCAAGAAGGAAAUGUGUCUGCUUCAAAGCAUAACUGGUAAAUAAUAAUUGUCUGCCUCAUAUCUAUGAAAAUAUUAAACACAGAAUGGCAACACUAAGGUGAGAGUACGGAGCAGAGACAGAUGUACGUCAGAUAGCAAGCAACAAUCUGGAAAUUUUGGGAGCUUAGACAACAUAAUUUUUGCUGCAGAACUGUAUCCUAAGGUCCUAGUGUUUAAGUAUUUUAAUAUAGCUAUAUAUAUAUAUAUAUUUUUUUUUUUUCAAUUUAUGGAUGUAUAUUCUUAAUUCUUUUCCUCGGCAUCUGCUUUGUCUGAUGGAUCAAUCCUGAACACUUUUUCUCGGUGUAUGCUUGGUAGAAAUCAUUAUUGUCACCCAGCAAUACUAAGAAGCACAUUCUUGUGGCCUUUUGGUCAUACAACAUGAAAGGUAACAAGAGAAUCAUUGAAAAAUUUACUCCAGAAUUUCUCAAAUUUUAAUUAUUCCUUCAAGUUUUAAUUAUUUAGAUGGAACCACGAUUUCUUGUUUUCCUUUAAGGAAA